AUGCAUCAUCUAAGGAUCUCCAUUUUACUAACGUCGCUGCUCUAUGCGAUUGGGAUCCUUGCCGUCCAAGAUCCCAAUGACGUCUCUGUCUUGAUCAAAGAGGCCGCGCGCGCCAACAACGAGUCGCUGCUAUGGGGUCCCUACAAGCCGAACCUCUACUUUGGAGUCCGCCCACGUAUCGCAAACAGUCUGGCUGCAGGAUUGAUGUGGGCCAAGGUUGAUGAUUUUUCUACCGUUCAGCAGAACUUCAGACAUACCUGCGAGCAGAAUGAGGGCAUGGCUGGAUAUGGUUGGGACGAGUACGAUAUCCGCAAGGGCGGACGCCAGACCAUUCACGACGCUGGAAAUACUCUGGACCUUACGAUUGAUUUCAUCAAGGUGCCUGGCGGCCAAAAUGGAGGCAGCUGGGGCUUCCGUGUGAAGGGUGUUCCUCGCGAGGAUGGAAGCCCUGACCAGCCCGUCUCGGUGGUCUUCUACACCACGCUUGAAGGAUUGGGUCAGCUGGGUGUGGACAUGGACACCGUGUCCGAAGUCGCACCGCUGGAGGGUGACUUGAGACUCAAUGGCUACUCUUCAGAGCUGGGAGACUUCACUAUUGAUGUCACCGAUGGCCCUAGCAGCAACGAGUAUUUCGAGAUCGAUCGUCCCAAUAGCGAGGGCAAGCAAUUGGGCCAUGGUAUUGUGUCUAGCGCAACUAUGCCGCAGCAGCAUCUUUGGCAGGCGAAAGGUAUCCUGUUUACGCAGAUGAAGGGUGAGGUUGAUGAGGCCAUCGAAGAGCUUGGACCUGAUAACCCUCCACAUCCAGCUCAGCUGUUCACGAUUAAACAUGCUCCUGGAGAUGGCAAUGUUCACCUUGUGCAGAAGGUCUUCAAGGGUGCAUUUGAGUUUGACGUUCUCUUUUCCUCUGGUUCAGCUCCCAAACCCAUCACUUCGGAGACUAUUACCGAGGAACUCAAGGAUGCAUCUCUCUCUUUCACUGAGAGGCACAAAGAAGUCCUUGCUCCCAAGGCCCCCUUUGACCUUGAUGACGAGUAUUCUACAUUCUCCAAGGCUAUGCUUUCUAACUUGGUCGGUGGUGUUGGAUUCUUCCACGGUGAUGACGUUGUUGACCGCUCCGGCUCUCCCGCAUACGAUGAGGAGAAUGAAGGCUUCUGGGAGGAAACAGCGGAGGCUCGCGCGGCGGCCCAGCCGGUCGUGGAGGGAGCCAAGGAUCUGUUUACUUGCGUUCCGUCCCGGCCGUUCUUCCCCAGAGGUUUCCUUUGGGAUGAGGGCUUCCACUUGAUGCCUGUGAUGGAAUACGACUCUGACCUUGCUCUUGAGAUCAUCAAAAGCUGGUUUCAACUGAUGGAUGAGGAUGGCUGGAUUGCCCGUGAGCAGAUUCUAGGACAGGAAGCGCGCAGCAAGGUUCCCGCCGAGUUCACUGUUCAGUAUCCUCACUACGCCAACCCGCCGACUCUUUUCAUGGCCUUGGAAGCUUUCAUGGACAAGGCUAAGAGCAACAAGAGCGUCCAGUCCGAGAACUUGGACAACAACGAUCCCGCCGAGAGCCUACGCUCGGCCACCUUGCGGAACCCAGAGUUGGCCAAUGGCUACCUUCGCUCUUUCUACCCCCUAAUGAAGAGACACUUCGCAUGGUACCGUAGCACCCAGCGCGGUGACAUCAAGUCUUAUGAUCGCGAAGCCUUUUCCACCAAAGAAGCUUACCGCUGGCGUGGACGCUCCGUACAACAUAUCUUGACUUCUGGUAUCGAUGAUUAUCCCCGGCCCCAGCCGCCGCACCCUGGUGAGCUGCACGUGGAUCUCAUCAGCUGGAUGGGCAUGAUGACCCGUACCCUACGUCGCAUUGCGGAGUACCUGGGUGAGGUGGAGGAUGCCGAGGAGUUUGCUUACUAUGAGACCGCCAUUACCCGUAACAUUGAUGACCUGCACUGGGACGAAAAGGAGCAGACUUACUGCGAUGCCACUAUCGAUGAGUUUGAGGAGAGUGUUCACGUCUGCCACAAGGGCUACAUCUCUAUCUUCCCCUUCCUUACCGGCAUGCUGGGCCCUGAUAGCCCUCGUCUGAAGGCUAUUCUGGACCUGAUCAACGAUCCCGAAGAGUUGUGGAGUGACUACGGUAUUCGCAGCCUGAGCAAGAAGGACCAGUACUAUGGCACGGAAGAGAACUACUGGCGAAGCCCAAUCUGGAUGCCGAUCAAUUAUUUGGUGCUGAAGAAUCUAUAUGAUAUCGCUCUCGUCUCUGGCCCUCAUCAGGAGCAGGCCCGCGAGAUGUACUCGAAGCUGCGGAAGAACUUGGUCGAGAACGUGUUCCGAGAGUGGAAGAAUACUGGGUUCGCAUGGGAACAGUAUAACCCUGAGACGGGCAAGGGACAGCGCACUCAGCACUUUACUGGCUGGACCAGUCUGGUGGUGAACGUCAUGUCCAUGCCGGAUCUGCCCGCGGGCAGACAGACCUCUCACGAUGAGCUGUGA